AUAUAUUUGACGUUUGCGUCGGCGAUUUGUGAUUUGCAAAAAUUUGGUUUGGUUGGUUCAUCUCCAUAAAGUAGAAAAUUUCUUUUAAAAAGUAUUAAAUAAUUUCGUCAAAUAAUGUCUUCAGGCACUGCAAACGUAACUGCUUACCUAGCAGCACAAAAGAAAACGGCAAAUAAGGAUUUGGCAGCAGAAUGGACUACAAUAGAAGAAUUGUACAAUGAGAAAUUGUGGAAUGAGUUGACUAUUAAAUUAAAUGGGUUUGUACAUAAUCCAACGCUACAGGAUGAAGACACGUUAAUGCAAUUGUACACUAAUUUCAUAUCAACCUUCGAAACAAAAAUAAAUCCUUAUGGUUUGGUACGCAUUCUCGAGGUAUUUGUUGAUCAUAUUUCAGAUAAGACUCAGGCAGUAGAAUUUCUUGAAAAGUUAAAGGAGAAAGUGAAAAUUUGCGAUGAAGCUGUGCUUUAUAUACAGGUUAUGCAAGGCAAUAUUUACCUUACCAAUUUGAACGAUUUAACUGCCACCAAGAAAAUAAUUGAAGAACUGCGUGAUAUACUUGAAGAAGCUGGUAAUGUCACACCUGUGCAUGGCAAAUACUUUAUGCUCGCAUCGCAGUAUUAUCGUCGCGUUGGCAAACACAGUGAUUAUUACCGUUGUGGACUGCAAUUCUUAGGUUGUUCUAUGAAUGACUACCCAAAAGAUCAAUGGCCACAACAAGCAUUUUUCCUUGGUUUAGCGGCACUAUUGGGCGAUGGCAUUUAUAAUAUUGGCGAAUUGCUAGCACAUCCCAUAUUAACUUCAUUGAAGGGUACUGAAAAUGAAUGGUUAGUUGAAUUAUUGAAUGCAUUUAAUUCCGGCGACAUAAAAAAAUUUAAUGACAUGAAAAAAAUUUGGUCUAAAAUUCCGGAUUUAGCUGCUCAAGAAAUUAAAUUGCGUCAAAAAAUCUCCCUGCUUUGCCUAAUGGAAAUGACUUUCAAACGCAAAGCUACUGAGCGUUCAAUCAAGUUUGAAGAUAUUGCUGCAGAAACAAAUUUACAGCUGAGCGAUAUUGAAUUGCUUAUUAUGAAAGCAUUAGCACAAAAUUUAGUGCGUGGCGAAAUUGAUCAGGUUGCCGGUGUAGUUAAUAUGUCUUGGGUUCAACCUCGUGUACUGGAUCGCAAGCAAAUCGUUUCAAUGGCAAAAACAGUUGACGAUUGGAUGGCAUCCAUCACUUCAAUGGAGAAACUCAUGGAAAGUCGUGCUGCUGAAAUUCUCACCACAUAGUUCACUAAGUUUUAAGUUUAUUUUUUUUUACAAUGUUUCGCUACAACUGUUUCAUCAAAUUAAUAAAAAUACAAAUAUUUAU